UAAAAAUGAAAUAUAACAAAAAGAUAUAGUUAACCAACAUUAGCAUUCAGCCAUUUCCCUAGCGAAUGCUAACAAUUGAUUACAGUGUUUGGAUGACAUUGUGGUCCAGUGUCCCUGUAGAUUUUCACUAUCUGUUGUCUCUUUUUACUUGCUGAUCAAUCAGAAAGCAGCUCAAUUAUGACAUUUAAAGUUACAUUCCCUACAUUUAUAGGACUUGAAACCUGUAACGCAACACUACGAAAUUUGACUUUCCCACUCUGAGUGUGAUGUCAGAGGAAAAUGGCCGCUGUGUAAGUCUGGCUGUAGCAUUAUGACACCUUUGAACAUUCAACUGAAACAACCACACAGUCGCAACAUUGACAAAUGUAAAAGUUUCAUCUUAUCUGCUGUUUUGCAGGCUCGUUCUUUGCCAACAUUCAGUCUGCCUGUAUCGGAGUCACUUCAUCCGGCCUCUCCUUCUCAUCACUGCUGCAGUGUCUCAGCACCUCGGUGUCUCUUGACCUUCCACCAGGACCAUGCAGGCUUUUGUCCCAAGGUCGUAUCUGACCCCGGUCAGGGAUGACGAAGCGGAGUCUCAGAGGAAAGCGAAGUCUCGUCACGCCCGACAGACCCGCAGGUCGACACAGGGUGUGACUCUGACAGAUCUGAAAGAGGCCAGGCAGACCAACAGCCUGUCUCCUCAGGACAGGCGGGCGGAGGACGGAGGCACCCUGGAUGAGAGGUCAUGUGUGAGGAGAGGCUUGACAGAUGACAGGAGAGGCAGGAUCGGCCUGACAGAGUCCACGGAAACAAGCGAGAUCAGUGCGAAAUGGAGCAAACUGGAUGAGCAGGGGAACAUUGAACCCAGGUUAGAAAUCCUCACUGAGUCUCCAAUGCCAAACGCUUCAUAUGCAGCUGUGGCUGGAUCCUGUGGCCUGUCUUACUGCAGCAACUCCUUCAGAGCCUUCCCGUGCAGGGGCGGCGGGCGAGCGAUGGUGGACAGAUGAAAACCAGAACCCGGUUGGAGAGCCGGCACAGCUGACCUUCAGCACAAAGCAGCACCAAAGGCGACACCGCUGUGAGGACCAAGGUUCAGACUGCAGCUCU